GUGGUUCUGUUUACAUGGCAACACUUGUAAAAUGGAGUCAUCAUAACAAACCCCUCUAGCUCCUGUGCCCUGUAUCAUGGAUCAGCAAGGACUGGGGGUGCACAUUAAUUUUUGUAUCUGCUCUGUUUAGUUCCCGUGUAAAUGUAUUUGUGAUGCAUGUAACUUUCCUUUAGGAGCCCGACUGAUGAUAAAAGAAAAAUGCACGUAUACGAAGAACACCGUGUGCGGCUGUGUCCCGGGGGAUUUCUGCCCACAUCCAGCAGGCCUGGACUGUGAAAUAUGUAGUCCCUACACCAUCUGCCUCCCUGGCUCUAUGGUGAAAAUACCUGGCACAGAAUUCCUUGACAACGUAUGUGAGGUUUGCCCUGAAGGAACCUUCUCAGCAACCAACAUGUUACGCACCUGUCAGCCAUGGACCAGGUGUGAAGAGGAAGGGAUGAGAGAACAAAAGGCCGGGACAGCCACUUCUGAUGCAAUUUGUGUACGAAGAGGCCUUUCUACCACAGCGAUAGCAUUGAUAAUUGUCCUUGCUCUCUCACUUUUAUCUGCAUUUGCUGGAACAGCGUUCUUUUUAUGGAGGAGGAGGAAGAGGAAAGAUGGCAGAACACGUAAGUCAGAAAAGCAUGGGACCUGUGAAACCUGUCAAAGGGUCUCUAAAGGGGUCAGACUGGCAGAGUUCGUACUUGGCACAUUGGUCUUUGUUUCACCCUGGAACAUGCCAACCUGUAACUGGAAUUGCCUCUUCAAACCGAGAAUCCCUGUAAGAGUCUAAAUCGGGGUGGUCAACCUGAGCCUGAGAACAAGCCAGAAUUUACUAAUGUACAUUGCCAAAGAGCCACAGUAAUACGU